AUGGCGGCGCCGGGCGCGGAUCUCCCGUGCGGCCUCUGCGGCGCCGCCGCCGCCCCUUACACGUGCCCGCGGUGCCACCGCCGCCUGUGCUGCCUGCGCUGCUACCGCGCCCACGGCCCCUGCGCCGAGGCCUUUUACCGCGAGCAGGUGCUGCGGGCGCUGCGCGGCCGCCGCGCCGCUGCCCCGGGGGAGCUGCCGGCGCUGCGGGACCCCCCGGAGGAGCCCCCGGAGGACCCCCCGGAGGCGGCGCGGCCCGCGGGGCUGUGGGAGCGGCUGAGCGAGGCGCAGCGCGCCGAGUUCCGCCGCCUGCUGAGCUCCGGCGAGGCCGCGGCGCUGCUGCUGCCGCGCUGGCGGCCUUGGUGGUGGCGGGGCCGGGCGCCGGUGGAGGAGCUCGGCGGGGAUGACACUGAGGACGAGGAGACCGACAAGCCGGGCGAGCCUCGCCCCGGCCGCGCCCCUCCCGUGCCCGCCGCUGUUCCCCCGCUGUCCUCGCUGCGCUCCGGGCCCUGCUCUCCUCUGCUCCGCUUCCAGCUGCCCAACGCGCUGUUCGGCUACGCCUUCGCUCUCAGCCUGCACGGCGGGGACGAGUCGCUGGUGCCGGAGCUGCCCGCGGCCGCCCUGGCCUGCUCGGCGGCGCUGCGGGAGCCCCGCGGCCCGGCCCGGUUCUGCAGCACGGCCCAGGCCCUGCUGAGCGCCCGGCGCGACGCGCGGGCCGCGGGGCUGCCCCUGGGUCCCCUGGGGGACAGCGGAGCCCUCCUGGCCGUGGCGGAGCUCCUGGAGGGCCGCGACCCCCUGGACCCCGGAGCGGACGCGGCGGCCGCCCUGGGGCACCUCGGGGCGCUGCUGGGGAAGGGGGCGCGGGCGCUGCCGCCCCCCGAGCGGGGCCCGUUCCGGGCCGCGCGGAAAAAGGUGGAAUUCCUGCUGAGCUGGAGCCGCGCGGAGCCCGCCGAGCUCGCCCGCCUGGCGCGGGAGGCCCGGGAGGUUCACGCCGAGGUGGCGGAGGAGGAGGCGGCGAUGAAGGAGCUGCGGGAGGGGCUGGAGAGGGGCUGGGGGGGGACGAGGCCGCCCCGGGACGGGGAUGAGGAGGAGAGGGGGGUUUGGGGACUUUUGGGGGGUCUUCGGAUCUCCCCGGGGGUCGCCG